CGAGCCAGCGUCGCAAGGUCAUCGAUCGCGGCACCCUUGACAACACUCCGGACACCAACCGUGCCGUGGGAGGGAGUGAUAGGAUGCUGCGUUCUGCUUCCAAGGUUGCUUCAGGUGCUUAUGGCCCUGCCGGUAGCCGCGCGAAGCGGGACGAUGGGUACGGUGCUCAGUGGUACUAAUCAUGCAGCAUGGCAGUGGAGCUUGGCUUUUGUCUUUUCCUUGAUUUCAAGUUGAGCUUCCUGCGUGUUGACAUCCCUUCCUCUGAGAAACCCCAGGAACAUCGUGAUACUGGUGAACCUUCUGCUACCUGCAGCACAGCCUUUCGGACUUUAUCUCGCCUUGGGUCUCCACUCUUUCCGGUCUCGGCCGUUUCGAUCUGCUGUGUUUUGUUGUCCACGUUCAUCCUGCACGCCUUGCGAUUAAUCUGGCUCUCUCCAUCAGGGGAAGAUUCUCGAUUAUUCGGCCCUUCCCCCCGGAUCUUCAACGAUCGCUUUUAUUUCUUUUUAUGGAAGGGUCUCUUGGUAGCAGCCUCAAAACGCACCAACUGGCUAUCUUACGUCUCGACCUCCCGCGUUCUAAUGGUUCUUCGGAUUAUGCUUCGAAGGGAUACAUUUUUUUUUGCCUACAUCGACCGGGAAGGCUAGACGGAAGGAGAUGCAGAAUGAAACCAUCGAUCGAGUUGUUAUCUUACUGUCGACCACGGUCCCAGAAGAUCCUCGACUGUCACAUCGGCAAUCUUAUUUUAAAAACCUUUUACCUUCCCUCCCCUUGUUUUGAUUUGACUGAUGUUUCACACCCACUGCUUUUAUAUGU